UUGGUUCGACUCGUUGGAAACUUUCUAGUAGUUUUGUAACCCUUAUUAUUAAAUAUUUAUUAAACCAUGGUUUUUUUUUCUCCUUCCAACAGGUUCAAAUUCUAAACAAAAAUGUCGUUCUGGCCGCGAACUUCCUGGCGCGCUGUCCGUCCUGUAUGUCCAACCUGGUGCGGCACAUGUGCGACUUUACCUGCAACCCCAAGCAGUCCAAGUUCCUCGAGGUGAAGGCCAUGGAGGUGAAUCAGCAGACAAACAACAGCUAUAUCACCGAAGUUGACCUACACAUCAUGGAGCAGUACAUGAAUGGAACCUAUGAAUCUUGCAGCCAGGUUUCGAUUCCUUCGGCCAACAAACUGGCCCUGGAUCUGAUGUGUGGUACCUGGGGAGCGUCCCGAUGUAGCGCCCGGAAAUGGUUCGAGUACAUGGGUCACAAGGAAGGAAACACCUACGUUCCUUUCCAGAUAAACUAUAUCCCCCACACGUCGCCUGCCGAUGUUGACCCAUUCGAGCCGUUGUCCCCCCGGGUAGUUCCUUGCAGCGAGAAGCUAGACAAAAACACCCCGGCCUGUUCGUGCAUCGAUUGCGAGGGUUCCUGUCCAAAGCCGCCGGCUCCCGUUCCGCCCCCGCAGCCCUUCGUCAUCUACGGCUUCGAUGGCUAUGCGGUGGUGAUGUUCGUGGUGUUCCUGGUUUGCAGUGGCAUGUUCGUGAUCGGCGCCUGCCUUUGUGGGUCCUCCUCGGCGGCUAGCCCCGGUGCAGAACUUCUGGUUCCGGGCGACACUUUGCACUCAGACCUGCGCUCAACCGUGGGUCGCCGUUUGGCCGGUGGACUGUCUAAUAGUGGCGAUUUGGUUGGCACCGAUCAGGAAGAUUCGCCCCUGCAAUCCAAAAGAUCGAGCGCAACCUGGGAUGGCGAGCAGGAACUGCGGCCGCACCCAACCUCCGUCCACGGCGAUGAAGACACAGAAUCGGGCUACUUCGAGCGGCUCGGCGCCAAGACGGAAACGGCGCUGGAGAAGUUCUUCACCGCAUGGGGUACCUACUGCGCCCAGCAUCCGUGGAUUGUGUUGCUGUUGGGAAUCAUCUUCAUCGUGGUCAUGGGAUUCGGAAUCAUGUUCCUACAUAUUACGACCAAUCCGGUGGAGCUGUGGGCUUCGCCAACGUCCCGUUCCCGGGUGGAGCGAGAGUAUUUCGACUCGCGAUUUGAACCGUUCUACCGGAUCGAGCAGAUGAUCAUCAAGGCUGAGAAUCUGCCGAACGUGGUGCACAACACCAGCGAUGGAGUGGUAGUUUUCGGUCCGGUGUUCAACAAACAGUUCCUGAUGGAUGUGUUUGAGCUACAGGAAGCAAUCCGGGGCAUCGAAGGGCGGUUGCCAGAUAACAGCACCGUUGGUUUAAUGGACAUUUGUUACGCACCGUUGACGACGGAUCCCAAUGGAAAGGCCACGGAGCCGGAACAGUGUGUGGUGCAGUCACUGUGGGGAUACUGGCAGGACAGCGUCGAAGAUUUCGACGACGAUGAAGAGGACGAUCAAGGAUUUACGAUAAACUAUCUGGAUAAAUUGUUGCAGUGCUUUGGCAAUGCGUUCAAUCCUGACUGUUUGGCGCCUUAUGGAGGACCCGUUGAUCCUGCUAUAGCAUUAGGUGGAAUUCCACCUGUGCUGCCGGGAGAGAAUAAACCAAAAUAUCAAAAUGCUACGGCAGUUAUUUUGACGUUUUUGGUAAAGAAUCAUCAUGACAAGAAUAAGCUGGCCGCUGCCAUGAGUUGGGAGGAGAGUUACGUGAAUUUCAUGAAAAAUUGGACCAAAGCGAAUAUGAGCAUCGCUUUCACGUCGGAGCGAUCGAUUGAGGAUGAGCUGCGAAGGGAAUCGCAGUCGGACGUGUCGACAAUUCUGGUGUCGUACAUAAUUAUGUUUGCCUAUAUUGCUAUCUCGUUGGGACACGUUAAUCAGUGGAGUCGCGCACUGAUCGAUUCGAAAAUAACAUUAGGUUUGGGAGGAGUGAUUAUCGUGUUGGCAUCAGUAGUAGCAUCGGUCGGAAUCUUUGGCUACAUAGGAAUCCCAGCAACGCUGAUUAUCGUAGAAGUGAUUCCUUUCCUGGUUCUGGCAGUUGGAGUUGAUAACAUUUUCAUUCUGGUUCAGACUCACCAGCGCGAUACGAAGAAACCAACCGAAACACACGCAGAACACAUCGGUCGAAUUCUCGGCCGAGUCGGACCUUCAAUUUUGUUGACGGCGGUGAGCGAAAGCUGCUGCUUCUUCCUGGGAGGUCUUUCCGAUAUGCCUGCCGUUCGUGCGUUUGCCCUGUACGCUGGUAUGGCCCUGCUGAUUGAUUUUAUACUGCAAAUAACCUGCUUUGUGAGUCUGCUAGCACUGGACACUGCCCGGCAAGCUGACAACCGAUUGGAUGUGUUCUUCUUCCUGAAGGGCUCGAAGAAGGAUGUUCCGACCGGGGUUGCUGCCAACAAGGAAGGACUGUUGUACAAAUUCUUCAAGAGUAUUUAUGUGCCUUUCAUCAUGCAGAAACCGAUCCGCGUUGCAGUAAUGGUAAUAUUCUUCGGUUGGCUGUGCUGCAGUAUAUCGGUCGCACCACACAUCGAUAUCGGAUUGGAUCAGGAACUGUCCAUGCCCGGCGACAGCUUUGUGCUGAAGUACUUCCGAUACUUGGGACAGUUUCUCAGCAUUGGACCCCCGAUGUACUUUGUCGUCAAGAAUGGAUUGAACUAUUCGAAUACCGUGGAUCAAAAUCUCAUCUGCGGUGGUCAGUUCUGUAACAUCGACAGUUUAUCUACGCAGAUUUACAUUGCUAGUAAGCGACCGGAGGAGACCUACAUUGCACGUCCUUCGGCCUCCUGGCUGGACGACUACAUCGAUUGGUCAGUGGCAGCCGAUUCCUGUUGCAAACAACGCAAGGAUGGCAGCUUCUGUCCUCAUAGCGAGCUAUGUGACAAGUGUAGCAUCAACUAUACCGCGCUAAAACGUCCAGAUGAAACCAGCUUCCGGCGGUAUGUGUCUUCGUUCUUGCAGGAUAAUCCGGACGAUACCUGCGCCAAGGCAGGUCACGCAGCCUAUGGUACGGCAGUCAACGUGAAAUCUUCACCGGCAAAUCCGUUUUACAGUGACGUUCAGGACUCGUACUUUAUGGCUUACCACACGAUCCUUAAGAAAUCCUCCGACUACUACGAGGCGCUAAGAUCGGCGCGUAAAAUAUCGGCCAACAUCACCAGCACCAUCCAGGCCAAGCUUCGGCUAGCCGGUAGAAAUGAAUCCGACAUUCAACAGAUCGAAGUAUUCCCGUAUUCAGUAUUUUACGUUUUCUACGAGCAAUAUCUCACCAUGUGGCCAGAUACGCUCAAGAGUAUGGGCAUUUCUGUGCUGGCCAUCUUCAUCGUAACCUUCCUGCUGAUGGGUUUCGACAUCCAUUCGUCGCUGGUGGUGGUCAUCACAAUAACGAUGAUCGUGAUCAACAUCGGCGGGCUGAUGUACCAUUGGAAUAUUUCGCUAAAUGCCGUAUCGUUGGUCAAUCUGGUCAUGGCCGUCGGUAUCAGUGUCGAGUUCUGCUCCCAUCUGGUGCACAGCUUUUCGGUAUCAGUGGAAGAAACGCGGGAACGGCGAUCGGCCGAUGCCCUCACCAAGAUGGGCAGCUCGGUGUUCUCCGGCAUCACGCUGACCAAAUUCGGCGGCAUCCUGGUGCUCGGAUUUGCACAGAGCCAAAUCUUCCAGGUGUUCUACUUUAGAAUGUACCUCGGCAUUGUGCUGUACGGUGCCGCCCAUGGGCUCGUUUUCCUGCCAGUACUUCUUAGUUAUAUCGGCGCCCCAAUCAACAAGGUGAAGCUGGCGAACCACCGGAGGCUGACGAUGCAGGACACUCAGGAAACGUCCCUCUCAACCGUAAGCAAACUGAUACGCUGUUGUUCUUGCUGUUGCUAUGAUUGUUGUACUAGUAGAUUCACUGCGGCCGCGGCUACUAGUGAUGGUAACGGAACAGUGCCUGGUGCCUUGCAGCUAUUAGAAUACCCCGCUUCCAACCGGAGUGUCCCCGAAAAUCACCCUCACUGUCAUUGCACUAAUGAUGCUUACCAUUGCCUUCACUGUAAUCAUAAACCGAACCAAUCCAACACCCGGCAACGGUACUUUUUCGGAACGGUUCCUGUAAAUAUCAUUAGUAAUCAUAGUUUGGCGGGUGAUGUCAAUGGUAACGGCACUAGUAGUAGUUGUAGAAAUAGUGGCUUUGUUAAUACUAACAGCAGAAACACGCAAUCCAUCGGCUACUUGUGCUGCCGAGGGACUUUCUGUGGCUUAACUUGGAAGCGACACGGAUCUUACGAUCCGUCCAGCAAUAGCACCAUCUACUCGAACCCGGAUUACUAUUUGGGGGCAACGCUUAAGCUUUAGAUGCGUGUUUUACGAUUCUUUUUCGUAUGUUUCACGAAUAGCUAAUUCUAUUUUUAGUUUAGAGAUUUAUUUUGUUUCAUUGGUAAUUAUUAUUUGCAUACAUUAUUUAUCGUUCAUACUUUCGGUUUUGGUGGUUACUAAUUUACUUUCUUUCAUUCCAUCAUUACUUGUGGUGGCAUGCGAUCUGGCGUUGUUGGUCAACUGAGAAAUUGUUAUGGCAAUAGAUUUCUUUGAACAGUUAGCAAUCUAUUCAAUAAAUUCAAGUUUAUUUUAUUAGAGUUGCUUGCACUUAUGAGAAUGCACGUAUUAGAAUAUCAAAUUCAGCUAAAUGAUAACGAAUUAGCGAAAAAAUCGGAAAUUGAAGUAAGAAUUUUAAAUUUGAAUAAUUUAAAAAACAUUGAAAAAAUUUCAAUUGCAAAAUGAAUUUUAUGAUGAGAGAAAAACAAAACGUUCAGAGAGAAUUUUAAUAAAUAUUUUGGAGAAAACCAAAAAAAAAAAAUGUCAAAAAAUGAAUUUUGAGAGCAUAAGAAUGAAUGAGAAAAGAGUUAAAUAAAGAGAAGCUAAAAAUAAUGAAAGAAAACAAAAAAAGGGAUUAAAAAUCAGAGAAAAGUUUAAAAUUAGGGAUUGAAAAAAAUUGAAUAAAAAAAAACGACUGGAUUAAAAAAGACUCAAACAAAUUAUUAAAAAAAGUUGUACGUUGCUAGAGGGAUAUUUAUUUGAAUAAAAAAAAAAAAAAGAAAUGAGUAAAAAUAUUAUAAAAUAAAUAAGUUGCCAUUCAAAUAUAACGUAUCGCAAUUCAAACCCUACGGAACACAUUCCAGAAUAAAAAAAAUUGAGAUUGAGAAAAUUAAAAAAAUGGUGAAAAAAUAAAAGA